UCACAGGUCAUGCCUCUAAAAAAGGGAAACACAUUUUAAGGGAGAUACAUUUUUAUUUGGUUUGCCUGUCCAUUCCUUGGAGAACAAGUCUCACGUUGACUUUCUGGCAGACUAACUGGUGUCCAAAUUGGAGUCAUGUGGAUCUUCUCUCACAACAUGAGACCAGAAGAAAACCCUCCAGUGUCUGUUUAGCCUGAUUCCUGCUCAGUAAAGAGACGUGCUUGUGUCCAGUAUGUCAGCAGUCGGACAAAAAUGUUCUGCACAUUUCGUCAAAACGCAACUACGUUAAAGGAGGAAGUCUGAUUGAAGCCAGACUUUACCAUCAAACCCAUGAAGGGAUUUGCUGCACCCUGACUUAUACGUGACAAUAGGUUCCUUCUUUGUCCAAACCGUCCCAGUGAAGAAGCAAAAUCCCAGAAUCAUGUCUCCUAAAACAUCUGCUCACUUUGCAACGAUUCACUUUACCGCAUGGUGUUUCAUGCUUCAGCUCAGCCGUGGUCCGGUUCAAACGCAACCCGGGACAACCCCCAACAUCAGACACAUCGUGGUGGGAAGAUGUUUCACCUACACCACACUCAUCAACUCCAGCUUAAGUCAUGACUGCGAGGAGAUCUGGAGACACUUUGAGGAGGCGGUUCUCCAUCAACCCACCUGCAGCGUGAAAGUCCAACACUACGACAAAAUGUUUGACACGAUGCAGGAGUUCUGGCCCUGUGACAGGUUUCUUUUCUGGAGCAAAACCAGGACCCUGAUGCACAGUUAUGCCGCCGUUUUCCGUCACUUCUGGACACUGGAGAACACGCUGGUCGGCUUCAUGUUCAAUGAACUCGUCUGGUGUGGUCAAGAGGAAGAAUCUGGUUUUAAUUUUAACUCCUGUCCAGAGUGGUCCGCGUGUGGAGAUCAUCCAGUCUUCUCCCUCUGGAGACACGCCUCCCAAAAGUUCGCAGAGAUGGCAUGUGGCAACAUCACUGUUCUGCUCAAUGGGUCUAUUGCUGACGCCUUCAACAGGAAGAGCAUGUUUGGAAGUGUUGAACUCGACAGUUUAAAUCCUCAAAGAGUGGACCACGUGAACAUUAAAGUGGUGACCAACCUGGAAGGACCUUACAUAGAAUCCUGUAGCCGGGGGUCUAUUACUGAUUUGAUCCAAAUUCUUCAAUCGAGGGGUUUUCGUUGGACCUGCACCGACAGCGACCAAACCCUGAUGGCCCUUCUGUGCCUCCAGAACCAGCAGUUCUCCUACCAGGCGUGCACAAACCCCCUCCAGCCAACGACCAGCCUUCAAACCCCUGACAUGGGUCAGUGCGGCUUCAAUGGACGUUAAUGACUUCGUUCUGAGCACACAAUGUGUUCCAAGUCUUUGUCAAAUGAAACUCCAAAGUUUGUUUUUCUGUUUCAUUAACGUAAAGGUCUGUAGGUGGAGAACAAAGAACACACAUCACCAAUCAAGUGCUUUAUAGGGCGUUUUGUUGAGGUGUCUGAAUCUACAUUUCUAUUUACAUAGAACUUUUUGUAUAAAAAACACCUUUUUGGCACCUGUGACUUAAACUCCAGCGGGAUUUAUACUCCGGAAAAUACGGAACUUGAAACAGACUGAAGUGAUCAAAAAAACAUGAAUAAAAUCAGAAACUGAGUUUGAAUUGUGUUCAACAGAACAAUUUCAAAAAUAAACCACAAAGAUUAACUGUUGUUGCACAUUAUAUUAAAGGAUUUCUGUUACUGUGACACUUCUGCACCUGUCAGCAGGUGUUCUGGUCCACUCCGGAACAAACUCCAACCGUUUUUGAUUUGAACAUUUCUUCUCUAGGCAGCUUCAAUUCAACCAUCUCAACAGGAUUCAUCAGAAGGACACUUUAGACUCGUCUGAUGUUCUGCUUCUUUGUUUUUUUUUCCAUGGUUUGGUGUCAUUCAGUGAAUGCUGUCUUGCAGUGGAAUGCACUAAAUAAGUAGAUGCUGUCUACCACCUCACCUGGACUUGUCCACCACAACUUCCAUCUUUACAGCACCUCCUCCCAGCUGUGGGACCCUCCACAGACCGGGAGGUGACCACAGGUUCUCUGCAUUUGUUCAAAAUCAAAUCAGAUCAGACAGGGAAGCCUCAAAACUCGUCUAAAAACUCUGAUUUUGUGUCAUUUCCUUUCAUUUUCUGUUUCAUUUUGUGUUUUGUGAACCCGUAUCAAUGCAGUGCAAUGACAGUUGUGCUCUCACAUCCUCUUCUCUGCAGGAUCAAGCCCAGUCUCUGUAUUUCCCAUAAAUGCAAAAGACUUUUAAACUUU